GUCAUUAUCGCUGUAAUCUGUCAAACGUUAAUCUACGAAAAGUAGGGUUAUGUUGAUUUGAGGGUUGUAUUUUCGCAGAGAAACAUUAAAAUUAAGAAGAAAAUAUGUCUAAUCACAUUAGGCAUUUGAAUAAAUGUAUACUGCGAUAUCCAUCGUACACCUUGCCUAGGAUUUCAGUAGUACUGCAAACCAGAGAAUACUCAAGACCAACAAGUUUUCCGGACUUUUUCCAAAACCCCAUAUUUCGCAAGGAAGACCAAGCAAAACUUAUUGAGAGUUCUGAGCUGAGUAAGAUAGCAGCUUUGCCUGUGAAACCACCAGCUGUGUAUGAAACCAGUUCUGUAUAUCAUGAUCCCUUGGUGAACAAAGUCAUCAAUCAUGUGAUGGAAAAGGGAAAUAAACAGUUAGCUCGCAAUCUUGUUGAGAAAGCAUUUGAAAAUAUCAAGAGGUCUCAGAUUGAGCGCUACCACUUGGCUACAACACCUGAAGCUAAGGCUAAAAUAGAAUUAGAUCCAAAGAAAAUCCUGCACAAAGCUAUUGCGAACUCAAAACCUCUUCUACAGCUGCAGCCUAUCAAGAGAGGAGGUAUCACAUAUCAGGUUCCAGGGCCCAUCACUGAAAAAAGGUCUUUGUUCCUGGCAAUCAAGUGGUUAUUAGAGGCUACUUACGAAAAAGAAAGAACUGUCCAUUUCCCGAAACAGUUUGCAUGGGAACUCCUUGAUGCUGCCAACAACACUGGAAAAGUAGUUAAAAAGAAACAAGAUUUGCACAGACAAUGUGAAGCAAACAGAGCUUAUGCGCAUUAUAGAUGGCAGUAAAGUAUAUUGUGACCUAUUAUAAUAUUUGUAAUGUAGUUGUUUUAAUAUACUAUUAUGUAAAAGUAAAUAUAUUGUGUAGAUAAUACCAAA